AUGGCUCGUAGUGAUGUUGGCGAAUUUCUUCAUGGGUUGAAACCGGCGAUGGUGAUGGUAGUGGUUCAGAUGGUUUUUGCAGGAGUCAAUGUAUUCUAUAAACUGGCAACCAAGGAUGGAAUGAACCUCCAAAUCUUGAUUGCCUAUAGAUACAUGUUCGCUUCCAUUUUCUUGGCUCCCCUUGCUUUCUUCCUCGAAAGAAAAAGCAGACCAAAGUUGACAUGGAUGAUCACCUUCCAAGCAUUUCUCUGUGGCUUAUUUGGGGGGACGUUGUCUCAGAACCUAUACUUGGCAAGCUUAUCGUUAACAUCAGUGACAUUCGCAGCAGCCAUGACAAACCUUAUUCCAGCUAUAACCUUCAUCAUAGCUGUGACUAUCGGGUUAGAGAGGCUAGGGAUUCGAACGGUAGCGGGAAAAGCUAAGAUGGUGGGGACUGCCAUAGGCAUAGGAGGGGCGAUGGUGCUGACCUUCUACAAAGGGGCAGAAAUCAACCUUUGGUCAACCAAAGUUGACCUUACUCGUGAGAUUGGGAGAGGAGCCUCCACGUCAGCUUCACACCCAGAGUCUGGUAAUCACCUAUUGGGAGCAUUACUGGCACUUGGUUGUUGUUUCUCUUAUGCACUUUGGUUAAUUAUUCAGACUAAGAUGAGCCAGAGGUACCCAUGCUAUUUAUCAGGUGCGACUCUGAUAGCUCUGAACGCAUCAGUACAGAGCGUCAUAUACGCUCUAUGCGUAGAGAGGAAGUGGGAGGAGUGGAAGCUUGGAUGGAACAUCAGGCUUUGGACCGUGGCUUAUGCGGGAAUAAUGGCAACUGGGCUACAUUUUACGAUUAUGGCGUGGGGAGUAAGGACAAAGGGCCCAGUCUUUGUAUCAGUUUUCAGCCCUUUAUCACUAGUGUUGGUGGCAAUCACCGGCUUCUUGUUCCUAGACGAGAAGCUACAUGUUGGAAGCAUAGUAGGGGCAGCAUUGAUAGUAGUAGGAUUGUAUGUGGUGCUUUGGGGGAAGGGAAAGGAGAUGAAGAAGAAGAAGAAGAAGAAGAAGAUGUCGGAUCAGCAGCUAAUUAUAGUGUCCAACACCGACAGCUCUAAAGCAGAAGCAGAGCACAUCGAUGUGGCUGCUGCCACUACCAUCGUCCCAUCAUCUUCUUCGUCUGCUAACACUGAUAACUUCCUCAACAAUAAUCCUAACAGAAGAGAAGCAGUAUCCUGA